GUGAUGCGAGGUAUGGUUGAAAGGGACCAGCUAUGCCGCUCCGCGCAGGAACCUAGCUAAAUGUGACUGAUCAGAUCAUCAAAUCGGCAACCCGCGGGAUCGCGUCAGACAGAGGACGAGAGGGAAGGAGACGCGGGGAAGAAAGCAUCAUUUCAUUGUAUGCCUUCGGAUUUUUUUCCUUCUCUCACUCUCGACGAAUUCAUGACCUGGGCAGCGACACUCUCUCGACCAAUGUUUUUCUCCAUCUGAACCGCCGGGAUUUACUCCACAUCAUUUUUAGCUGAUACAUAUUUGCAUAUAUAUUUUUAAAAAAAAAUAAAAUAAACAACCAGUAAACAGGUCAUUAUGUUUUUGUUAACAUUCCAUGAUAGAAGACGUUUGAAUAGUUUUUAUCCAGGGGCGUUGUGCUUGCAAUCGUUGCUGUGGAUUUUAUGUGCUGUGAGCGGAGAGGAGCAGCCGUUCAGCGUGGAGGCCUGGCUCCAGAGGUAUGGCUACCUGCCCCCCACUGACCCCAGAAUGUCGGUGCUGCGCUCCGCCCAGACCAUGCAGUCCGCUAUCGCUGCCAUGCAGCGCCUGUACGGGCUGGAGGUCACUGGGACGCUGGACGAGAACACCAUCGAUAAUUACACACUAAGCUGGAUGAAGAAGCCCCGAUGUGGGGUCCCGGACCAGUUCGGGGGUGCCUCCAAAUUCAGUGUGCGGAGACGGCGGUACGCCCUGACGGGGCAGAAGUGGCAGCACAAGCACAUCACGUACAGCAUCAAGAACGUCACGCCCAAGGUGGGUGCGGCCGAGACCCACGAUGCCAUCCGCCGCGCCUUCGACGUGUGGCAGAGCGUCACCCCUCUGCGCUUUGAGGCCGUCCCGUACAGCGCCCUGGAGAACGGCAAGCGGGACGUAGACAUCACCAUCAUAUUCGCCUCGGGUUUCCAUGGCGACAGCUCGCCCUUUGACGGGGAGGGUGGCUUCCUGGCACACGCCUACUUCCCGGGGCCGGGGAUCGGUGGUGACACGCACUUCGAUUCGGACGAGCCCUGGACCCUGGGGAAUCCCAACCACGAUGGAAACGACCUCUUCCUGGUGGCAGUGCACGAGCUGGGCCACGCCCUGGGGCUUGAGCACUCCAACGACCCUACAGCCAUCAUGGCGCCCUUCUACCAGUACAUGGACACUGAGAACUUCAAGCUGCCUUACGACGACCUGCAGGGGAUCCAGAAGAUCUAUGGCCCCCCGGACAAGAUCCCUCAGCCCACCCAGCCCCUGCCCACGGCCCCGCCCCCCCGCUCUCCCCCAUCGGACCCCCGCAAGCACGACCGGCAGACCCGACCACCCAGGCUGCCCACGGGAGACAAACCCUCAUACCCCAGCGGCAAGCCGGACAUCUGUGACGGCGGAUUCAACACCCUGGCCAUACUGCGAAGGGAGAUGUUUGUGUUUAAGGACCAGUGGUUCUGGCGGGUCCGGGACAACGCGGUGAUGCCAGGGUACCCCAUGCAGAUCUCCUACUUCUGGAGGGGGCUGCCCCCCAAGAUCGACGCCGUCUACGAGAACAGCGAGGGGAAGUUCGUCUUCUUCAAAGGGAACCGGUUCUGGGUGUUUAAGGACACCACACUGCAGCCCACCUACCCUCAGGACAUCUCCAUGUUCGGCAGCGGCAUGCCCACGCAGAACAUCGAGACGGCCGUCUGGUGGGAGGACGUGGCCAAGACCUACUUCUUCAAAGGUGACAGGUACUGGCGGUACAACGAGGAGAUGAGGACCAUGGACCCAGGCUACCCCAAGCACAUCACUGUGUGGAAGGGCAUCCCAGACUCUCCCCAGGGGGCUUUUGUGGAUAAAGCCAAUGGAUUUACCUACUUCUACAAGGGUAAGGAGUACUGGAAGUUCAACAACCAGAAGCUGCGGGUGGAGCCAGGCUACCCCAGGUCCAUCCUGAAGGACUUCAUGGGCUGCGAAGUCUCCACAGACGCGGAUCGGGAGCGGCGCCCCCCGCAGGAGGACGUGGACAUCGUCAUCAAGCUGGACAACACGGCGGGCACGGUCAAGGCCGUGGCCAUCGUCAUCCCCUGCAUCCUGGCCCUCUGCCUGCUGGUGCUGGUCUACACCGUCUUUCAGUUCAAGAGGAAAGGAACACCCCGCCACAUACUGUACUGCAAGCGCUCCAUGCAAGAGUGGGUGUGAGGUCUCGACCCACCCACCACCGCCCUGACCCCCCGCCAGACACGGCGGCGUCUCGAUGUUAAACCCGCAGGACUUACGGCCCCUAUAACCCCACCUCCUCCGACUCCUCGGUUUUUUGGGGGUGGAGAGGGGGGGCCAGGCCUUUGCCUAAACACACCUCCCCCCGAGAGAGGACCGGCGUUUCAUGUCCCCUCCGCCUCCCCUCUGCUCAGUGCGUCCGAAUAAGGGGGAAGGUUUUCAGUUCACGCUCCACCCAUGAUGCACUAUGUCAUACCCCUCACCACAUCAGGUCUUUCUUUGGUGAAAAUAAAAAAGCUGUCCAGAUUAGGUCUUAAUCCCCUUUUUUGCACGCUAAACAAAAACAACAAAAACUGAAAAAAGGAAAAAGCCCCUUGCUAAACUUGCUGGAGCUGACAAGUUAUCAGUCAGCUAUUUUAUUUUGUUGAUUUUGAUUUUUGCAUCAUCUUUGGAAUAAUUUAUUUUCACGGACAGCUUCUUCUUUGUUUUUUGUGCCCUUUAAACAUUGUACUCCUGAAGAAAACACCCAAACCAAAUAGAUUAUAAAGAGCAAAUGAACUCUCUGUCCAAAGAGGAUUGCUUUCUUUUUAGUUUUUGAUAUUUCUAUCAUUUGUUUUUUUUUUCUCUCUCCUACUCUCUCUGCUCUUGACCUUCUGUAUUGACUUGGGAGCAGGGGACAUUGACUGUUGUGGCAGUCUGUUAAAAACAGGGGCCAAAAACUCUUUGCAAUAUUUUUAACCGCCUUAA